GUUAGUGAGCACAGCUGUGCGGUGGUUAUAGCAACAGCUCAAGCCACCUUUCUUUUCCAGCGCCUGUUUAUUCAGUAAGAAAAACACGCCGACACUGAAAAGGCGACUAAAAGAACGGCUACAGCUACAGCCAGCUAAAAACACUUGCCAUACAAUUUAUAGAAUAUACUAGAUCUUCUUUUUUGUGUAAAGUAAAAGAGCAAAAAAGCCAUCGCAAUUUCCGCAAUGCAAACGGCAACAAAGUACCUGAGAUACGCACAGCUUCUUGCCAGUGUUGUGCUCGUGGCCUGUGUGACCACCGCGGCGGCCAGUUCCUGCGCCGGCUGCGUGGAUUUGGAUGAGCUGAACUUCGAUCAGACGAUUGAGCGGUUUCCCUACGCGCUAGUCAAAUUCGAUAUCGCCUUUCCGUAUGGCGAUAAACAUGAGGCCUUCGCGGCAUUCUCGAAAACUGCGCACAAAGUCACGAAAGAGCUGUUGGUGGCCACUGUGGGCAUCAAAGACUACGGCGAGAAUGAAAACAAAGAGCUGGGUUUGCGAUUUAAAGUGGAUGAUAAAAGCUUUCCAGCUAUUCUGCUCUUCAAGGCUGGCAAGUUGGAGCAGUUUGUGCGUUUUCCCACACACUUGGAUGUGACAUUGGACAAUUUGAAGCAAUUUGUGACGCAGCACACGGAUUUGUAUAUCGGACGCGACGGUUGUCUGAAGGACUUUGAAGAAUUGGUCAAGAAAUAUGCCAACAAAGCGGAUGACGAACAAGCGGCGUUGAUAGCAAAAGCAGAGCAAAUGUUGCAGGGUGUAGCAGGCGAUGAGACGAAGUCGGCGAGCGCCAAAGCUUACCUGGUUUAUAUGCGAAAAAUCAAUGAGAAGGGUUACGAUUAUGUGGAGGAUGAGACCAAGCGGCUGCAACGUCUGAAGGCUGGCAAGGUGACGGAUGCCAAGAAAUUGGAAUUGCAGCGAAAACUCAACAUACUCGAGGCGUUUCGUGUGAACAAGCUGACGAAGUUGCGGAACAGCGAUGAGCUCUAAAUCCAGUGUUGCUAACAGUGCAGACGCUUGUAGAAUUGGCAUCAAGCAGAUAAAAAUUAAAUGAAGUGAAGUGCUUUGAAGCCAUGUACAAGUGCGUAGACAUACAUACAUAUGUAUGUACAUACAAAUACAACAAAAACGUAAUGUAGUUAUUUAAGUGUGUGUGUGAAGGGACAAAAGCGGCAAUAACACAACAAUUUAACGGUGAAAAGCGUUUGUAAUGCGUAGCUUUGUGCUUAGACUAAAUUAUAUUAGUUAAUACAUAUGUAUGUAUGUAUGUAUGUAUGUAUGUAUG